AUGUUGCACUUUGAACAGCACUUUGGCUUGAAUGACAAGCAGAAGAUCUGUUUUCGUAUCAUAUGUGAGUGGUUCAUCGACAGACAUGUAUUGCAAAAGAACGAACUAUCACCACUCUCGAUGGUCAUGACCGGACCUGGUGGGACAGGAAAGACAUAUGUAAUUAAUGCAGUCAAGGCGUUAAUGGCACACUACAGAUGUGAGCAUCAAAUCCGAUACCUCGCACCCACGGGCUCUGCAGCAUCAUUGAUUGAUGGAAUGACGAUUCACAAAGGGCUGAGCAUCAAGACUAAGUCAAAUCGCAAUGGCAAG